AUGGUGCAAGAAGACACAGUGGGUGUUGUGACUCAUCCGAGUGGUAAGAGGGUUUGGUGUGGGCUCCCAGCGGAAGAGGCUGGGGUAGAGGCCACACCUAUCUCUGCGGUAGGUGCUUUCUCCUCACAGUCAUGGCGUGAUUCCAGCGAGGUGCUGGAUCAGGCGGUGAGGAAAGCAGAAGCCCAACUGGAAGAAGUUGGCAUGCCCCAGGCCGGGGGGUCGUUAGGAGCGGUGUACACACGCAGUCAUAAUGCCAAGUCCCCAAAGCUAACGCAUCGGCAGAAAGAUAUGGCUAAGAUUGUGGAUACCUUACCUGCUCAGGACGACAUGGAUCUGGAUGAACCGGUGGUUCCUGAGCCUCUUGGUGCUGAGGAACGCGCUAAGAUGGAGAAAGAUCCAGUGGAUGAACCCGAAGAAUAUAUGAAGCAAAAUCGACUUCAAUCGAUGAAGCGUUCGGUCUUUGGGGUUGAGAUGGGGGGGUACAAUUAUUGA